ACUGUACUAGAGUCUGUGAUCAUAGACUAGACUAACUCAAGAUCUGAGACAGAAGAACUCGAAAAGUCGAAGUGAACUGGAGUUACAAAUUUCAUCGUGUUUGGACUUUGUGAGACGUUUUAUUAUAAAUAAUGGACAUCGGUGAUAUCCUCUCAUUUCAGCCAGAGAAACCCAAUUUAAAGCGUUCUAGAGACGGUAGAACACAGGAUGAGGGAGUGGAUCCAGCCAAGAUUGGAAGAAGAGGAAGAGGAGGAGGAGGAGGAGAUGAUAUGUUAGAAGGAAUAGUUGGGAUGUCUAGCUCCUUGAGUGAAGAGGAGAGGGAGCGUAUUCUAAAGAUGGUUGAUGAGGAACCAGAGGGUCCAUCUCUUGAUGACACAAGUUUGAGGAAACUCAUUUUGGGGUUCGAGAAGAAGGUGUACAGAAACCAAGAACUUCGUAUUAAGUUCCCUGAUGUGCCUGAAAAGUUUAUGGACUCAGAGAUUGAAUUAAAUGACACAAUCCAGGAGCUCCAUGUGAUUGCUACAGUGCCCGAUAUGUAUCAUCAUUUGAAAGAACUCAAUGCUGUCAAGUCUGUACUUCAAUUGAUAGGACAUGAAAACACCGAUAUCUCAAUCGCUAUCAUCAAUCUCCUUCAAGAGAUGACGGAUGUAGACACACUGACGGAAAGUGAAGAUGGGGCAACGGUUCUCAUAGAUGCAUUAUUGGAGGAGCAGGUAUGUGCUACAUUGGUGCAGAAUCUUGAUAGAUUAGACGACAGUGUCAAGGAGGAGGCUGAAGGGAUCCAUAACACACUAGGUAUCAUAGAGAACAUGGCCGAGUUUAGACCUGAGAUGUGUGCUGAUGCUGCCCAACAAGGAUUGAUGCAAUGGCUCCUGAAGAAACUCAAACCCAAGGUUACAUUCGAUGCCAACAAGCUUUAUUGCAGUGAGAUCUUAGCCAUCAUAUUACAAGACACAGAAAAAAACAGAGUAUUGCUUGGAGAGCAUGAUGGUAUUGAUGCCCUUUUGCAACAACUUGCUUACUUCAAAAAGCAUGAUCCUAAUAAUAGUGAGGAACUUGAAAUGAUGGAAAAUCUGUUCAACUGCCUCUGUUCGUCCCUGAUGUUGCCUAGCAACAAGACAGCAUUUCUCAAAGGAGAAGGAUUACAGCUCAUGAAUCUCAUGCUCAGGGAAAAGAAGCAGUCGAGACACAGUGCCUUGAAGGUAUUAAACCAUGCCAUGACUGGUCAGGAAGCGGGAGAUAAUUGUACUAAAUUCAUCGAUAUCUUGGGACUACGUAGUUUGUUUCCUCUCUUCAUGAAGACACCUAAGGUCACAAAGAAAGGACCUGGAGACAGUGAACAUGAAGAGCAUGUAUGUUCUAUCAUUGCUGCACUGUUUCGGAAUGUUUCCGGCUCCCACCACCAGAGAUUGGUAGGAAAGUUUACGGAGAGUGAUCAUGCUAAAGUAGAUCGUCUGAUGGAGCUCCACUUCAAUUACCUUACUAGAGUACAGGCUUGCGACGACAAGAUUGAACGAGAGAAACAGAGGAGAAUACGAGAAGGUGACAUCAUCGACGAUGACCAGGAGGACGAGUAUUACAUCCAGAGACUUGAUGCUGGUCUCUUUACCCUUCAGCUACUAGAUUACAUAAUCCUUGAAUUAUGCUGUAACUCGGGGAUUAGUUCCAUCAAGAACAGAGUUCUACAGCUUCUCAACAUGAGAGGGGGUACUAUCACUGAUAUCAGGAAUGUUGUCAGAGAGUAUGCAGGGAACAUUGGUGAUGCAGAUAGUGAGGAGAAGGGAGAAGCUGAGAAACAGAGAUUACUAACACUCAUCAAUAGAUUCUAAAAACAAUCUCAUUCAACCGGAUGAAUGGAAAGUUUCUUGUUGCUUUGAAAUAAACUUCCAAAGACUUUUGCGAGCUACGGUUUGAUGAGGAAUGUGAUAAGAAGGACAUUGGCAUCUCAUCCUGGAAAUCUGGAAUGCAUUCAUACAUACAGCUGCUCACACAAGGUUUUUAGUCAUGAAAGAUUCCAACAUGUCAUGCACGAAUUCAACUAGUUUCUGAAUGCUCGAACAUUUGCUGAUGGAGACAGGUGUUCUUCAAACAAAGUACCCUACAGGCCUUGGAGAAUUGAGUGAACUUUGAGUAAAUUAAGUUUGAUUCUGUGCCCACCCAAAAAUCUUUAUAAUCUUGAUAAUAUUAGCUAUUGAUAUGGUGCAUGUAUCCACCAGGUAGGUGGUGCAGUAUCAUGCCAGCUUAGAUGGGCAAUUUAUUGAAUUUGUCCACAUUGUGCUGCACUCCACCCAGGUGAGGUGAAUGGGUACCUGGCAGGAGUACUUCCUUGAAUGCACGAAGCGCUGGAAACGACAGAUAGAGCUAAAGCCAGGGUAAUAUAUAGUGUACCUUUGAAUAGGAACCUAAAAUCAACAGCACUUUAUAUAGAAUUGGGUAAACGUCCUUUCUUUCACUGUAAACUUGGUUAGCCAACAGAAGACACGGUGAGGAUCGUUAUACGUGAAACCAUUUUAUUACCACACAACCCAGUCUCGUAUCUGGUGAGGUGUAGUCUUAUAUCCAGAUGUAAUAAUGUUAAAUCACAUUAUGCAACACUUUAUAAAUGAUAUGUUUUAUUCAGUGCUUCAAAGUACUGGUAUUUAGUGAAUUGUUUUUCUUGCUGGUAUCGAUGUACACAUGGGUGGAGAGUGACAGAUAUGGAUUCAUUCAUUAUCCAAUGACGAGUUUUCAACACUUUCUACAAUGUGAAGAGACUAGAUUCUAGCAUCGCAAUCAAAUCACUGUAUGAUUUUGUCAUGAUUUUUGUCAAGAUGGCAUGAAAAGAGAAAGUUGAGGGGAAGUUUGAAUGUUGUUUUGGGUCACAUCGAUGUACCGGUCAGAGGGUUUGGUUCUAAAGUUACUCAGUGUAAAUUGCUAAAAAAACAAGGCCCUUUCCAGCGACCUCAAUCUCCAUCAAUUGAUCAAUCGAACCAGUAAAUUACCUGAAUUUUAAGUCCCCAACAGGCUUUAUGGUUCUGGGGUCCGUUUCGUAAGUUAAGAGUGACUUUAAGAACGACUGGUGAUCAUUUUUACGCUCUAAACCAUCGCCAAUGAAUCUACCAUUUACCUCAAGAAAGGAUCACCAGUCGUUCUUAAAGUCGCUCUUAAAGGUCAAGUCCACCCCAGAAAAUUGUUGAUUUGAAUCGAUAGAGAAAAAUCAAACAAACAUAACGCUGCAAAUUUCAUCGAAAUCGGAUGUAAAAUAAGAAAGUUAUGACAUUUCAAAGUUUCGCUUAUUUUUCACAAAACAGUUAAAUGCACAACUCAGCGAUAUGCAAAUGAGAGAGUCAAUGAUGUCCAUCGCUCACUAUUUCUUUUGUUUGUUAUUGUUUGAAUAACACAAUAUUUCAAUUUUUACAGAUUUGACAAUAAGGACUAACUUAACUUAAGCAUAAACUGUUAUAAUAAUGGAAAUUCCACAUGUUCAGGGAGAAAUAAAAAUUUGUUUCACUUGACAAGGAGGAGAAAAUUAGAAUAUUUCAUAUUUCAUUUAAUAAAAUACAAAAGAAACAGUGAGUGGGUGACGUCAUCAGUCUGCCAAUUUGCAGACCGACCAGGAUGUGCAUAUAACUGUUUUGUGAAAUUAAGCGAAACUUUAAAAUGUCGUAACUUUCUUAUUUCACAUCCGAUUUUGAUGAAAUUUUCAAUGUUUUGCUUGUUGGAUUUUUCUCCUUUUUUUCAAAUCAACUUUUUGUUGGGGUGGACUUGUCCUUUAACUUACGAACAGCUUUAUGAAACACCUACCAGGUAAACUGCUAAUAUCAAACCAAGGGAAUAAUAAGAAUACACGCAUUUAGCACUCUGAAUCGUGGAUAUGUGUAUUCGAUAGAUUGCAUUUCUAUCGAUACAUUUUUAGUCCCCUGCAUACUCCUAAUAAGCAGGCACUCGUGCCAAAUCUUCUGAAGGAAAUCAAGAUGUAAUGAACAGAAAUGUUCAAUCCUCUAUAAAAUGUACUGGAUUCUUGAAGUUACAAUUUAAUUGUUUGUGAAUAAAUAUGUACAUAAUAUGCAAAGAAA